UUCCUUCCCUUUCUCGACUGGAUCCCCCACCCGAUCCCGACCGGGAAGCGCGGAGAAGAGCAUGGAUCUCUCCGGGGUGAAAGUGCUGGAGACGGCCGAGGACAUCCAGGAGCGCCGCCAGCAGGUCCUGGACCGCUACCACCGCUUUAAGGAGCUCUCCACCCUGCGGCGCCAGAAGCUCGAGGACUCGUACCGCUUCCAGUUUUUCCAGCGCGAUGCCGACGAGCUGGAGAAGUGGAUCCAGGAGAAGCUGCAAGUGGCCUCGGACGAGAGCUACAAGGACCCCACCAACCUGCAGGGGAAGCUGCAGAAGCACCAAGCCUUUGAAGCCGAGGUGCAAGCCAAUGCGGGCGCCAUUGUCAAACUGGACGAGACGGGCAACCAGAUGAUGAACGAGGGCCACUUUGCCGGUGAAACCAUCCGGACCCGGAUGCAGGAGCUCCACCGGCUCUGGGAGCUGCUUUUGGAGAAGACCCGGGAGAAGGGGGUCAAACUCCUGCAAGCCCAGAAACUCGUCCAGUACCUGCGAGAGUGCGAGGACGUCAUGGACUGGAUCAAUGACAAGGAAGCCAUUGUCACCUCGGAGGAACUGGGCCAGGAUUUGGAGCACGUGGAAGUUCUGCAGAAGAAAUUUGAGGAAUUCCAGACGGACCUGGCGGCUCAUGAGGAGAGAGUGAACGAAGUGAACCAGUUUGCCGGGAAGCUGAUCCAGGAGCAGCACCCGGAAGAGGAGCUGAUCCGGUCCAAGCAGGAAGAAGUCAACGCCUCCUGGCAGCGUCUGAAGGGUCUGGCCCUGCAGCGGCAGGGGAAGCUCUUUGGGGCCGCCGAAGUGCAGCGCUUCAACAGGGACGUUGACGAAACCAUCAGCUGGAUCAAGGAGAAAGAGCAGCUCAUGGCUUCGGACGAUUUUGGCCGGGAUCUGGCCAGCGUCCAAGCUCUGCUGCGGAAACACGAGGGGCUGGAGAGGGAUCUCGCCGCCCUUGAAGACAAGGUGAAGGCUUUGGGUGCCGAGGCCGACCGCCUGCAGCAGUCCCACCCCCCUAACGCCCCCCAGAUCCACGUGAAACGGGAGGAGCUGAUCGCCAACUGGGAGCAAAUUCGAACCCGAGCCGCCGAGAGGCACGCCCACCUGAACGACUCCUAUCGGCUGCAGCGAUUCCUGGCGGAUUUCCGCGACCUCACCAGCUGGGUAACGGAAAUGAAGGCUCUGAUCAACGCCGACGAACUGGCCAAUGACGUGGCCGGAGCGGAGGCCCUCCUUGACCGCCAUCAAGAACACAAGGGAGAAAUCGACGCCCACGAAGACAGCUUCAAGUCGGCCGACCAAUCCGGCCAGGCCCUCCUCGCAGCCGGACACUACGCUUCUGGGGAAGUGAGCGAGAAGCUGACCCACCUCUCGGACGAACGGGCGGCCCUCUUGGAAUUGUGGGAGCUCCGGCGCCAGCAGUACGAACAGUGCAUGGACCUGCAGCUCUUCUACCGCGACACCGAGCAGGUCGACAACUGGAUGAGCAAGCAGGAGGCUUUUCUGCUCAACGAAGACCUCGGCGACUCUCUCGACAGCGUGGAAGCUCUGCUGAAGAAGCAUGAAGACUUUGAGAAAUCCCUCAGCGCCCAGGAGGAGAAAAUCACCGCGCUGGACGAAUUUGCCACCAAGUUGAUGCAGAACAACCACUACGCCAAGGAGGACGUUUCGAGCCGGAGGGACGCGCUCUUGAACCGACGCAACGCCCUGCACGAGAGGGCCCUGCGCCGGCGGGCACAACUGGCCGACUCCUUCCACCUCCAGCAGUUCUUCCGCGACUCGGACGAGCUGAAGAGUUGGGUCAACGAGAAGAUGAAGACUGCCACCGACGAGGCCUACAAGGAUCCGUCCAACCUCCAGGGCAAAGUCCAGAAGCACCAGGCCUUUGAGGCGGAGCUGUCGGCCAAUCAGAGCCGCAUCGACGCCCUCGAGAAGGCGGGCCAGAAGCUGACGGACGUCCAGCAUUACGCCUCCGACGAGGUGGACGCCCGCCGCAGCGAGGUCCUCAGCCUGUGGAAGAAGCUUCUAGAAGCCACCGAGCUGAAAGGGGUCAAGCUCCGCGAAGCCAACCAGCAGCAGCAGUUCAACCGCAACGUGGAAGAUAUCGAGUUGUGGCUGUACGAGGUCGAAGGUCACCUGGCCUCGGACGACUACGGGAAGGACCUCACCAACGUCCAGAACCUCCAGAAGAAGCACGCCCUCCUGGAGGCCGACGUCGCCGCCCACCAGGACCGGAUCGACGGCAUCGCCAUCCAGGCCCGGCAGUUCCAGGAGGCGGGGCACUUUGAUGCGGAGAACAUCCGGAAGAAGCAGGAGGCCCUGGGGGCCCGCUACGAGGCCCUCCGCGACCCCAUGGUGGCCCGGAAGCAGAAGCUGGCCGACUCGCUCCGCCUCCAGCAGCUCUUCCGGGACGUGGAAGACGAGGAGACCUGGAUCCGCGAGAAGGAGCCCAUCGCCGCCUCCACCAACCGAGGCAAGGACCUAAUUGGCGUCCAGAACCUGUUGAAGAAGCACCAGGCUUUGCAAGCCGAGAUUGCCGGCCACGAGCCCCGGAUCAAAGCCGUCACUCAGAAGGGGAACACCAUGGUGGAGGAAGGACACUUUGCCUCCGAGGACGUCAAAACCAAGCUGGCCGACCUGCACCAGAAGUGGGAAUCGCUGAAAGGGAAAGCCUCCCAACGGCGCCAGGAUCUGGAGGACUCUCUGCAGGCCCAGCAAUAUUUUGCGGAUGCCAACGAGGCCGAAUCUUGGAUGCGGGAAAAGGAGCCCAUCGUGGGCAGCACCGACUACGGCAAAGACGAGGACUCGGCCGAGGCUCUCCUCAAGAAGCACGAAGCGCUGAUGUCGGAUCUGACCGCCUACGGCAGCAGCAUCCAAGCGCUGCGGGAGCAAGCCCAGGCCUGCCGGCAACAAGUAGCUCCCACCGACGACGAGACGGGCAAAGAGCUGGUGCUGGCCCUCUACGACUACCAGGAGAAAAGUCCCCGCGAGGUGACCAUGAAAAAGGGUGACAUCCUCACCCUGCUCAACAGCACCAACAAGGACUGGUGGAAAGUCGAAGUGAACGACCGGCAGGGUUUUGUCCCGGCCGCCUACGUCAAGAAGCUGGACCCGGCGCAGUCGGGGUCGCGGGAGAACCUGCUGGACGAGCAUGGCGGCAUCGCCGCGCGGCAGGAGCAAAUCGACAACCAGACUUUGCUAACCAAGGAAGCGGGUAGCGUCUCUCUCCGCAUGAAACUGGUUGAAGAACUGUACGGCUCCCUCCUGGAGAUGGGAGAGAAGCGGAAGGCCAUGCUGGAGAAGAGCUGCAAGAAGUUCACGCUCUUCCGCGAGGCCAACGAGCUGCAGCAGUGGAUCAACGAGAAGGAGGCGGCCCUCACCAACGAGGAGGUCGGCGCCGACCUGGAGCAGGUGGAGGUGCUGCAGAAAAAGUUCGACGAUUUCCAAAAGGACCUGAAAGCCAACGAGUCUCGCCUGAAGGACAUCAACAAGGUGGCCGACGAUCUUGAGUCUGAAGGGCUGAUUGCCGAUGAAGUCCAGGCCGUACAGCAGCAGGAAGUCUACGGCAUGAUGCCGCGGCAGGAUGAGACCGAUUCGAAGACAGCAUCUCCUUGGAAGUCCGCAAAGCUGAUGUUGCACACGGUGGCGACCUUCAACUCCAUCAAGGAACUGAACGAGCGCUGGCGAUCCCUCCAGCGGCUGGCCGAAGAGCGGAGCCAGCUUUUGGGCAGCGCUCACGAGGUGCAGCGAUUCCACAGAGACGCCGAUGAAACAAAGGAGUGGAUCGAGGAGAAGAACCAAGCCCUCAACACGGACAAUUACGGGCACGACCUGGCCAGUGUCCAGGCCCUGCAGCGGAAGCACGAAGGCUUCGAGAGGGACCUGGCCGCUCUCGGGGACAAGGUCAACUCCCUGGGAGAGACGGCCGAGCGGCUCAUCCAGUCGCACCCGGAGUCGUCGGACGACCUGCAGGAGAAAUGCACCGAGCUGAACCAGGCCUGGAGCAGCCUGGGGAAACGGGCCGACCAGCGCAAGGAGAAGCUGGGAGACUCGCACGACCUGCAGCGCUUCCUCGGCGACUUCAGGGACCUCAUGUCUUGGGUCAACGGUAUCCGUGGGCUCGUCUCCUCCGACGAGCUGGCAAAGGACGUGACCGGAGCAGAGGCAUUGCUGGAGAGACACCAGGAGCACCGUACCGAAAUUGACGCCCGCGCCGGAACCUUCCAGGCCUUUGAGCAGUUUGGCCAGCAGCUCCUGGCGCACGGCCACUACGCCAGCCCGGAGAUCAAGGAAAAGCUGGGCGUCCUCGAUGAGGAACGGGCCGACUUGGAGAAAGCCUGGGUGCAGCGCCGGAUGAUGCUGGACCAGUGUCUGGAAUUGCAGCUCUUCCACCGGGAUUGCGAGCAGGCGGAAAACUGGAUGGCGGCCCGCGAGGCGUUCCUCAACACGGAGGACAAAGGCGACUCCCUGGACAGCGUGGAGGCGCUCAUCAAGAAACACGAAGACUUUGACAAGGCCAUCAACGUUCAGGAGGAAAAGAUUGCAGCUCUGCAGUCCUUUGCCGAACAGCUCAUUUCGGCCGACCACUAUGCCAAAGGGGUUGUGGCCAAUCGGCGUAACGAAGUUCUGGACAGGUGGCGCCGCUUGAAGGCCCAGAUGAUUGAGAAGCGCUCGAAGCUGGGCGAAUCACAGACCCUGCAGCAGUUCAGCCGCGACGUGGACGAGAUCGAGGCGUGGAUCAGCGAGAAGCUGCAGACGGCCAGCGACGAGUCCUACAAGGACCCCACCAACAUCCAGCUUUCCAAACUCCUGAGCAAACACCAAAAACACCAGGCCUUCGAAGCGGAGCUGCAGGCCAACGCCGACAGGAUCCGGGGCGUCAUCGAUGUUGGCAACUCCCUCAUUGAUCGCGGGGCUUGCGCUGGGAGCGAAGACGCUGUCAAGGCCCGAUUGGCUGCCCUGGCCGACCAAUGGCAGUUCCUGGUUCAGAAGUCGGCCGAGAAGAGCCACCGGCUGAAGGAAGCCAACAAGCAACAGAAUUUCAACACCGGGAUCAAGGACUUCGACUUCUGGCUUUCGGAGGUGGAAGCCCUGCUCGCCUCUGAAGAUUACGGGAAGGACCUGGCGUCCGUUAACAACCUUCUCAAGAAACACCAGCUCCUGGAAGCUGAUAUUUCCGCCCACGAGGAUCGCUUGAAGGACCUGAACGGCCAGGCCGACAGCCUGAUGACCAGCAGCGCCUUUGACACCUCGCAAGUCAAGGAGAAGCGGGAGACGGUCAACGGGCGUUUCCAGCGGAUCAAGACCAUGGCUGCCGGCCGGCGGGCCAAGCUCAACGAAUCCCACCGCCUCCACCAGUUCUUCCGCGAUAUGGACGACGAAGAGUCCUGGAUCAAGGAGAAGAAGCUGCUGGUGAGCUCGGAGGACUACGGCCGCGAUCUGACCGGAGUCCAGAACCUGAGGAAGAAACACAAGCGGCUGGAGGCCGAGUUGGCCGCCCACGAACCGGCCAUCCAGGGCGUUCUGGACACCGGGAAGAAGCUGUCGGACGACAACACCAUCGGCAAGGAGGAGAUCCAGCAGAGGCUGGCUCACUUUGUGGAUCACUGGCAGGAGCUCAAGAGGCUGGCUGCUGCUCGCGGCCAGCGGCUGGAGGAAUCCCUGGAGUACCAGCAGUUUGUGGCCAACGUGGAAGAGGAGGAAGCUUGGAUCAACGAGAAGAUGACCCUGGUGGCCAGCGAGGACUACGGAGACACCCUGGCCGCCAUCCAGGGCCUGCUGAAGAAGCACGAAGCCUUUGAGACGGAUUUCGCCGUGCACAAGGACCGGGUCAACGACGUCUGCGCCAACGGGCAGGAACUCAUCCAGAAGAACAAUCACCACGAAGAGAACAUCACGGCCAAGAUGAAGAGCCUGCGGGGGAAAGUGUCCGACCUGGAGAGGGCGGCGUCCCAGCGGAAGGCCAAGCUGGACGAAAACUCCGCCUUCCUCCAGUUCAACUGGAAAGCGGACGUGGUGGAGUCCUGGAUCGGAGAAAAAGAGAACAGCCUCAAGACGGACGACUACGGCCGGGACCUCUCCUCCGUGCAGACCCUCCUGACCAAGCAGGAGACCUUUGACGCCGGGCUGCAGGCGUUCCAGCAGGAGGGCAUUGCCAACAUCGCCACCCUGAAGGACCAGCUGCUGGCUGCCCAGCACGUCCAGUCCAAAGCCAUCGAGGCCCGGCACGCCUCGCUCAUGAACCGCUGGAACCAGCUGCUGGCCAACUCCGCCGCCCGGAAGAAGAAGCUUCUGGAAGCCCAGGAACACUUCCGGAAGGUGGAAGACCUGUUCCUGACCUUUGCCAAGAAGGCCUCGGCCUUCAACAGCUGGUUUGAGAACGCCGAGGAGGACCUGACGGACCCGGUGCGCUGCAACUCUCUGGAGGAGAUCCGGGCGCUCCGCGAGGCCCACGACGCCUUCCGCGCCUCCCUCAGCUCCGCCCAGGCCGACUUCAACCAGCUGGCCGAGCUGGAGAGGCAGAUCCGCAGCUUCCGGGUGGCUUCCAACCCCUACACCUGGUUCACCAUGGAAGCUCUCGAGGAGACCUGGAGGAACCUCCAGAAGAUCAUCAAGGAGCGCGAGCUGGAACUGCAGAAGGAGCAACGGCGGCAGGAGGAGAACGACAAGUUGCGCCAGGAAUUUGCCCAGCACGCCAACGCUUUCCACCAGUGGAUCCAGGAAACCAGGACCUACCUGCUCGAUGGCAUUGCAUAUCGCCGUGUCAUUCGCGUCUAUCAGUAUGAAGUUGGGGAUGAUCUGUCCGGAAGGUCUUGCAUGGUUGAGGAAUCCGGAACCCUGGAAUCCCAGCUGGAAGCCACCAAGCGCAAGCACCAGGAGAUCCGGGCCAUGCGCAGCCAGCUGAAGAAGAUUGAGGACCUGGGCGCCGCCAUGGAGGAGGCCCUGAUCCUCGACAACAAGUACACGGAGCACAGCACCGUGGGGCUGGCCCAGCAGUGGGACCAACUGGACCAGCUGGGCAUGAGGAUGCAGCACAACCUGGAGCAGCAGAUCCAAGCCAGGAACACGACGGGGGUCACCGAGGAAGCGCUCAAGGAGUUCAGCAUGAUGUUCAAGCACUUUGACAAGGACAAAUCCGGGCGGCUGAAUCACCAGGAGUUCAAAUCCUGCCUGCGUUCCCUCGGCUACGAUCUACCCAUGGUGGAGGAAGGAGAGCCCGAUCCCGAGUUCGAGGCCAUUCUCGACACUGUGGAUCCAAACAGGGAUGGGCAUGUCUCCUUGCAGGAAUACAUGGCGUUCAUGAUCAGCCGCGAGACGGAGAACGUGAAAUCCAGCGAGGAAAUUGAGAGCGCGUUCCGGGCGCUCAGCUCCGAGGGGAAGCCCUACGUGACCAAGGAGGAACUGUACCAGAACCUGACCCGGGAACAAGCCGACUAUUGCAUCUCGCACAUGAAGCCUUACCUGGACGGCAAAGGGCGGGAGCUUCCGUCAGCGUACGACUACGUGGAAUUCACCCGCUCGCUCUUUGUCAAUUGAUCUCCCGGGGGCGGGGCUCGGCAACCCCCCCCCCUUCCCGGCUGACCCGCGCUAGAAUUCCCAGCUGAGCUUCCCGCCUCCUCCGGGUGGCGGUAGAGGACCCCCCUCUCCCGUCUCGCCAUUCCAGCUUG